GCCGCCGUCCCCGCCGCCGUCCCCGCCGCCCUGCGCGUCCCCGCCGCCGCGCUCCCGCUUCCCCGCGACCCCUGAGCUCCUGCGAGCCCGCUUGCCUGUCCCUUGCCUCUGUCGCCGCCACUGCGGGGCCAUGGCGACCUGCUUUCUGCUGCGGAGUUUCUGGGCCGCGCGCCGGGCGCUGCCGCCUCCCGGCCGCUGCCUCCGCCCGGCGUCCGCAGGAGCCCAGUGUCGCAGCUACGCCCGCGGCCCCGCUGGCCUCCCCGCCGACCUACUCCGCGGGGACAGCUUCGUGGGAGGCCGCUGGCUCCCGGCCCCCGCCACCUUCCCCGUGCAGGACCCGGCCAGCGGCGCCACGCUGGGCACCGUGGCCGACUGCGGGGUGCCCGAGGCCCGCGCCGCCGUGCGCGCCGCCUACGAUGCCUUCUGCAGCUGGAAAGGGGUCUCGGUCAAGGAGAGGAGUUCAUUGCUUCGUAAAUGGUAUGACUUAAUGAUACAGAAUAAGGAUGACCUUGCCAAGAUCAUCACAGCUGAGAGUGGAAAGCCUCUGAAAGAGGCCCAGGGAGAAGUUCUGUAUUCAGCCCUUUUCCUGGAAUGGUUCUCCGAGGAAGCUCGUCGUAUUUAUGGAGACAUCAUCUAUACCUCUGCCAAGGAUAAACGGGGACUGGUCCUCAAGCAGCCCGUUGGUGUGGCCGCAGUCAUCACACCGUGGAAUUUUCCUAGUGCCAUGAUCACCCGGAAAGUGGGGGCCGCCCUGGCAGCUGGCUGCACUGUGGUGGUGAAACCUGCCGAAGACACGCCCUACUCCGCCCUGGCCUUGGCGCAGCUUGCGAACCAGGCUGGAAUCCCUCCAGGGGUCUACAACGUCCUUCCCUGCUCUAGAACCAAAGCCAAGGAAGUGGGGGAGGUACUGUGCACCGAUCCAUUGGUGUCCAAAAUUUCCUUCACUGGCUCAACCGCGACCGGGAAGAUCCUGCUGCACCAUGCAGCAAAUUCUGUGAAGCGUGUCUCCAUGGAGCUGGGCGGCCUCGCCCCAUUCAUCGUCUUUGACAGCGCCAACGUGGACCAGGCUGUCGCGGGCGCGAUGGCAUCUAAGUUCAGGAAUGCUGGGCAGACCUGUGUUUGCGCAAACAGAUUCCUGGUACAGCGGGGUAUCUACGAUUCCUUUGUAAAGAAGUUUGCAGAAGCGAUGAAGAAAAGCCUGCGUGUGGGUAACGGAUUCGAGGAAGGAACAACUCAAGGCCCGUUGAUUAAUGAGAAAGCAGUAGAAAAGGUAGAAAAGCAUGUGAAUGACGCAGUGGCCAAGGGGGCCACCGUUGUGACAGGUGGGAAGCGACACCCAAGUGGGGGAAACUUCUUUGAGCCCACGCUGCUCAGCAAUGCCACCACGGACAUGCUCUGCAUCACCGAAGAGACCUUUGGGCCUCUGGCGCCGGUUGUCAAGUUUGACAAAGAAGAAGAGGCCAUUGCCAUCGCAAAUGCAGUCGAUGUUGGAUUAGCAGGGUACUUCUACUCUCAAGACCCAGCCCAGAUCUGGAGAGUGGCGGAGCAGCUGGAGGUGGGCAUGGUCAGCGUGAAUGAAGGACUGAUCUCUUCAGUGGAGUGUCCAUUUGGUGGGGUGAAGCAGUCUGGCCUUGGGCGAGAAGGGUCCAAGUAUGGCAUUGACGAGUAUCUUGAGGUCAAGUAUGUGUGUUAUGGAGGCUUAUAGGGUUCUUCACUUCUUCAAAAAAGAAUAAAACUACCUAGAUCUAUAGGGACAUGCCAUCCAUCUUUUAAAAUAAACAAGUAGGUUAUCAGAGUUAUGAAUUUUUAAAAAUUCAGCCAGUCCUCAUCAUCUUAGACAUAAAUCCCAACCUCCCCCUUAUUUAACUAGGGACCAAUGGAUGCCAUAUCCCUGUGGCUGUGGGCCCCAGCCAGUCCUGGGACCCCAGCACAACUCCACUGCCUCAGGAAGGUACAGUGUGAGUGCUCACAUGUCCCUGACCCUCACAAAGGGUAGUCACUGUGGGCAGUGGCUCCCCAGUCCCCAUGGGACUGCCCAACUUGGGCCCAGAAUACGGGGGAGGAAAUGCUGGAGUGAUAGACAGUUGGAUGGGGGCGGGUCACAUCCAGGCCUGGGCGUCUGUUGGUUUGGUGAUGAGCAUCUGCCUGUUCUGAGGGGUUGUGGUAAAGGCUUUGAUUUCCUAAGACUUCUCUGUAAACAGUACAGGAUUGCCUUGUACUGUAUGGAGAGUGGGGGUGUUUCUCCUUGUUUCUGGUCAGCUUUUCUGGUUUUUGUUUGUUUGCUUGUUUGUUUGGGUUUUUUUUUUUCCUUUGGUUUUUUGAGACAAGGUUUCUCUGUAGCCCUGGCUAUCCUGGAACUUGCUCUGUAGACCAGGCUGGCCUUGGACUCCUUGAUCCGCCUGCCUCUGGGAUUCAAGGCCUGGGCCACCACCAGCAGGCUCUGGGCUGUUUUUUAACUGCUGGAAGCAGGGUUGGUUUGUUUUUGUUCUGUUUUGGUUCAUUGUCAUUUGGUUUGCUUUUAUGAGACAGGGUCUUGCUAAGCAGCCUCGGCUGGCUUCAAACUCACAAUUCUACUCUUUCAGCCUCUCGAGUGCUGGGGUUACAGGCGUGAUCUUCCACACCUGGGUAAAUGGAAGUCUCCACUGCCCUAAACUUAGUUUAUGCUUUGUUUCAUUUCUCUUAGAAAAUCAACCCAAGCUUGGGGGCAAACAGCAGCAGAGGUGUUUGGCAGGACGAAGCACAGCUGUUAUUUCUUUUCUAGGGCUAGGUGUUGAAUCAAUGCCCUUGUACACACUAGCAUGUGUCCUACCACUGAACUACCCGCAACAUGUUUUCUUUUGUUUUCAUUUUCAUUUUGAGACAGAGUCUUUGUAAGUUACACUGACAGGCCUUCUUGAGCUUUUUAUCGUCCUGCCUCAGUUUCCUGACAGGCCUGCACCACCAGGCCAGGCCAGUGGAAAGCAUGGACUCUCAGCUGUUCCCAGUGCUGUGCAGCUCCACUGCCUGGGUGUGCUGUUUAGAAUGCCAUGCCCCACUUACAGAGAUUCAUGCUUGGCGUACACGGCACUGUGAGCCUGAAGGAAGUGAAAAUGCCUCACAGAUACUGAAAACGCAGCUUGAGGACAGGAACAGUUUUGAUUCUGAGCAGUACCACCCUGCCACACCUUGAGCUCGGGUAGUGGCUUUGUGGAGGAAGGAAGCCAGGUGCCCACGUGUUCACCUGCCUACCUCUGAGCCAGGUUUUCUGUCCCUGGGGACACCUGCUGCUAAACUCCAAGAAGAACAAAAGCACUUUCACCACGGUGAAAAAUGAUUUCCAUAAUUGCCAGUCCCCUGUGGAAGAGAGCUGAAGCCAUGAAUCCCCAGCACUUUUGUCCUAGUAAAAGUAGUUAUGGUUCAUGAUUAAAAACAAAACAAAACAAAACAAAACCAUACCUGGACCUGUAAGAUAGCUCAAUGGAUAAAAGCUUUGCUGGACAAGCCUGGGGACCUACCUGAGUUCAGUCUCCAGAACCUACUUAAAGAUGGGAAGGGAGAACCAACCCCACAUUGUCCUCUGACCUCCACAAGUGCAACAAAGGCAUGUGCGCUUGCGCGUGCGCGCACCCCCCCCCCCCAACCCCCUUGUAACUGGUAUUGGUCUCACUUUGAAACUAUUUAAAUGAGGAAAAGUCUAGGUUCCCAUCCACCUAGAAGCUGUUUAUUCCCAACAGGCAGCAAUGGAGCUCCCUGCCCCACGCCCGCUCCCUGUGUAGAGCCUACUCACAUACUCUGUGGAGGCUCUGGCUCUGAGAAGCCAAUGUGGAUGACAGCAGAGCUAGCUGCAGCGAUUCCUAAACACUAUAAAGUCCCAAGCCACUGGGAGCUUCAAAUAAGGAAUUCAUGGUUUUAAAAGUUCCUGUGCACAAGAAGUAGAAAUCUGCCUCCUAGGGACGCCGCCCAAGUGGCAAGAGUCACAGCUGAGCAUGUUCAUAGUCUGUUUCUGUCCUUGUCUUGUAUAGUGUGUCGCUGGUUUCUAUCGCAUUUUCUAAUUAAUUUUUUUAAAAAAAGUUUUAUGGAUGUAUUUUGCCUUCAUGUAUGUCUGUGCACAUGCAUACUGGUGCCCUCAGAGGCCAGAAGAGGGCAUCAUCAGAUCACCUAGAACUGGAGUUACAGACAGUUGUAAGCCACCAUGUGGACCCUGGGAAAGUGAACCCUGGUCUCCUGAAAGAGCAACCACUGCUCUUGACUGCAGAGCCAUCUUGCUAGCCCCAACAUUUCUCAUUUCUUAAGAUUUGUGCCCAUCUUUUUUCAGUUAAUACAAAUGCUCUGCUGUUAUUUUGUAGAAGAUAAAUACACAUGCUGAGAUAUGAAUAGAAGUCAUUUGUUUAAACAGUGUCAGCCAGGGGGUUCUUGGACUGUGUGGCAAUUACUUUCUUGUGCAUAUUUGACUCACUGGGUAUAUCACUGGCCCAGACAUUUGUUACAAUAAAUGUAAAUCAAUUUUUGUAAUGAAAAUAAUGGGGGCGGGUAGCAGUGGUAAAGUAUAUACUUAGCAUGCUGGAAGCCAUGGGAUUAAUCACCACCACUGAAAAUAAGUUAACAUGAAAGAACAUCUUACUUAGAAAAAUGGUUUUGGGUUAUGGGAAGACAAUAUUUGGGGGGGUUUAUAUAUAUUUUUUUAAACAGGAGCUCUUGUUGGCCUUAAACUCCUAGACUCAAAUGAUCCUCCUGCCUUAGUCUCCCGGAUAGUUGCUACUAUAGGCAUGUUAUCACCAAAUCAAUUAAGUUUUUUAGUUUGUAGGGGUUUUCAUUGAGUUUGGGUUUCAUGUAGUCCAAGCUCACAUUGAGACUCUCUUGCCCUGACUGCCUGUGCUGGAACUACACAUAUAUAACUACCGUGCCCAGCUAAAAGAUGUUUUUUAAGUGAAUGUCUUAUGGUUCAAUAAGAUAUGUGAUAAGUGGAAUUUUUGAAGAUGUAUAUACAGAAGUGUUGAACCACAACCUGUGAGCCAAAUCCUACCUGCCACCUGUUUUUGUAUAACUCGUGAGUUUCAAGUGUUUUAUAUAUUCAGAUGGAUUGCGGUAGGCUAGAACAGUUAUUUCCUAAAAUCCCAGAGUCUGUGGAUGAACACAGCCUCCGUGCCCUGUGCCUGAGUAGCUUUGCUGAGACAGUAUGGCCAACAAGAUUUACUGCAAAGCUGGUCUACAAGCCCUCAUCUGUACCAAGAGGGGGACAGUGGCCUCCAUGUUUAUGAGACAUAAGUUCAUUCGCUUGAACACCUCCUGUGAAGAAGGCACAUUUUCUGGGCAUCUGUUACCAGGAGUUCUUGGCAGUAAUCAUCAAAUAACCCAAAGGAUUAGCCUGAUAAUCCUGUCCCCUUGAAAGGCACUAUUUGCUCCAGCUAGUGGGGCCCACUGAAAGAGCCAAAGUUCAUCGUGUCUUUUUCCAUCUGAGGGGCCUUUCAAUAUGACCCCAUAGGAAGUGCUUGUUUCUUUCUGUAUCUUUGUUCUUUGGGACUCGGUAAAAAUAAAGAUCAGACGCACAAUGUAAACAAGCCUAUUCUGUGAUGUCACAGCCUUCAAAUUGGUUCCCUUGGGCUUGCCUCUCUGGAGGCUGGGUCCCAGUGUUUUAAUUACCCAUGUGCAGCUACUUAAAAACAGAAUAUUACUUGAAUAAUACUUAAUACUGUGAUCGUUUCACGCCAUACUUUGUGAGAUAAAUCUUGGGGAUUGAUGAGAAAUAUUUUGCUUUGUAAACACGGAUACGUUGACUCAUUUUUCUAGUGUUUGACAUUGUCUGGUCAACAGAGUUGAAUCUCAUUAAUAAAUGUUGAACUAACAGGCCUUCCUA